CUGCAUAUGAUCGUUUUUUACCAGCAUUACGCAAAAUACAAUCACCAGAUGAUGAUGAAGCUACUUCUGCUGAAGUGACAGGAAUGCAGUCGGAAGGGGAUGCUGUAGAGGAAGGAGGCACGGCUACAACAGGACCAGUGGUACCAGAUUUUGACACCCUUCUCACACUCGCAGGAAAGCAAGGCAUAGUGGACCUCCUUGAUCACAAUGAUCUUGACGCUGAAUAUCAGAACCAGAAGCCAUUUCUAAAGCGCGACCUUUCAGAAGCUGUUGGUACUGUCGAGCAGCUUCUUGCGGAGGUUCAUGGUUGCAAAACAAGCUCCUCUAAGACGACUCAGCAGCACCACGACCUGCUCUUCCAUUUGACACCGUCAUGCUCCACAGAUGUUGUCAAUGCUGCAGAUCAUACCGUAGCCGCGAGUAGAAGUGAAGUGGGAAAGGAUGUGGAAUCGUAUAUGCGGAGCCUUAUCGGUGAAGAUCAGAACCAUACGACUCCGUCAACGAGGAUGGAGGUGGGCAAGUAUUCUGUUGGAACGUCAAAGAAUACUGAUACAGAGUCGACAGCCGGAAACGAUGUUGAUGAGCAAUCACCCGGAAAGAAAAGCAAAGAAAAACAAGUAGACAAGACACCAAGACCAAAUAAGGACAAAGCUAACCUAUCUUUCGCCGAGUCCUUCCUUGCUCAGCUGGCAGAUCGAAGUGCUGCCCAUAUCUCUCGUCCAGCCGAUCAGAUGAGUUCGCCGUCCAUAGGUCUCUACAUUGGACUAGAGAUAGCAAAAAAUCUUCUCGUGCAGGUUGACGAGUUGGCACCGCCACCAAUUGUUGAGACGUCGUCGACUGGGAUCUACUAUCCUUCUGUUUCUGAGCAGACCAACGCGAGAAGGUCGCCGAGACUUCUUAGCAAAGGACGAGAACAAGAUCAGCAUCUUCUCGCCAACACCGCAGCGACAACCUCCAGUAACUUAGGACCCGUGUUAGCAAAAGUCCUGGCUACUGCAGAGAAGCGUGGCGUUGCGCGAGCUUUGCAGAACUGUCUAGAGCAGCACAUUGUGACGCUGUGUGCCUAUUGCAGGGAAGUAACCUCGGACAUGUCAGGAACGACUGCAGGAGCAACUGGUGCUCAGCACUCUACUCAUUCUAGUUGUGCAACUACAUCAGGAACAGGAACAGUAGCUCCGGCAGCUACAGUAUCUUCUGGCACCUCUAGAGCACCCUCUCAUGCUCGUUCCAGCAAGAUGCACAACACAUCAACAAUACCAGCUACAACUAGUACCUCUACAACCAGAACUCCAGCAAAAGAGCACCAGCUUCAAAGACCGAGUCAGGGAUGCGAUACAACGAUGAGGGUGCGCCGUUAUUGGAGCGCGCUUAAGGUCCCCCUUGACGAGAUCGCGGACUCAAUUGCGCAUCGAGAGCUGGCGUCGUUCGAUAUGAUCGCAAUUUUUGCGGACACAUACCUGCGAAAAAAUGAAGUUUAAGGCAUGGCGGUGCUUUGGCUAUGAUUUUGCUAAAUCCUAACGCUAAGGCUAACGCUAAGUGAUGCUUACUAAGAUGAUGCGGAAGUCGCGAUAGGAAUAGGUAAAGACUAGCAGCGCCUUGGGAGUACUACAUGUAGUUUUCAAUCUAUGUCACGGACAUGUUGCUCAUCUAAAAAUCAUGUGAGUCCGAGCAACAAAAAACCACUGCAGCUGGCUCAAAUACCUCACAAGGAGCCGCCUAUCUCACAGCCUCAGCUACGAUCGCAUCGACUGCAUCUUCGCAGCGCCUCGACAAGAAAACAAACUUGUUUUCAGCGUCAGUUCCGAAAAGCAACACAAAGCUGAGCGACUUAGCGGUGACCAUUCUUCACUGGCUUACCACAUUUUCGCCAGAGACCGACUCUGCCAUCACGGGGUUCGAAAGGGCGACGCCUGCCUCCACUUCAGUCCGUGGUAUACAUAGUUUUAGUUGCCUAGAUGAACCUCAUCCGAGACUUGGCUCUGGUUGCGUUCUCUUUGUCUGUGCUCGAGGUCGGUGGCUUACCCACUGCGACUGCUGCCUGCCAGGCAUUCGGCCUGUUGGUCGCUGGUCAAGUCCUGCCCUGGCGACCCCUUUCCUGCGACGUGUCCGCGGACUCGGAGCAUGCAGGUGCGAGCUCGAGAAGCAUCGAAGCACAAGCGCCGCGCGUGUGGCAACAUUUAGCAGCGGCGUGGGGACCACCCGGAUACACCGCGCGGCCCAGAUGGAUGCUGCGGCGACGAUGGAGGCAGGAGGGCGAGAAGAGCGGACACAGCGCAAAGCGGUCGGUCGACCAUUUCGGCCGGACGAGGCGGAAAGUGGCGAACAUGUUCCAAAACUAUGCCAAGGACUGGCAUCCGUUCACCCGUUGCGCGUUCUCUUUCCCCGCGGAGCUAGUGGGCUUGCUUAUGUGUGAAGCCGCGGGCGGCUACGCUCUUCACUCCUGAAGGAUGUGGAUGGGGGAGCACGUCCCCCACCAAAAAACGCAGAACAGCGGCGGCGCCAAGUAGUGUGGAUUCCAUUGCGGCACCGCCAUCGCCUUCGCCUACAAGUAUGGGGGCGCCGCUUUCAGGAACAGGCGCGGCCUCCUUAGUUAUGGCCGCAGCGGAUCCGGGCGGGGCCUUGCUGGUUGCUAAGGCUGGGGCGACGUUCUCUGUUCGAGGUGAGUGGCGUAAAUUGUGCGCGCUGUCUUUUUCUGACUUACAAGAUUUCUCGCGCAUGCCAGGGCCCGCCACGUGACGCACCAGAGUAAGCCGGGGCAAGUGACUGCAGGCGGAGAAGCAGGAAGCAAGCAGGACGGCAAUAACGAAGCGCGACGCGGUGGGGGCAAAAGCUACUCGCGCCGAAUGCAAGCGCCUCGGCUUUCUCUGGGGCUCUUAUUUUUUUUGUGUGUGUGAAGGGUUCGGGCUCGCUUAUUAUAUUCCCGCGCGCAGUUUUUAUAUAAAUACCACGCACCGCGCUACGCUCAACGGACGAGGGAGGGCAGGAGUUCCGUCCGUUAGUUGCCUCCUGAGGCUAUCUAAGCAGAACACUCUGAGCAAGCAGACGGCCACGGGCUUCGAGGUGCUUGACUGAGUGCGGCCCAGUCAGUCAGGCGCUCCGCCGCUGGUGUUGCUUUUGUUUCUCGGUCGUGGUGGUCUGUCAGACAAGGCGCGUGGGACCGCUUCGCGGGCGCCAGUCUGGUGCCUAGUCUUCGCGCCGUCUAUGUAUCAAGGUGAGGCGCCGGCUAGUACUCUUUCGGACAUCAAUGACGUGCCAGCUACUAGCCUCACUGCCAGCACAAGUCAGGCGCCAGGAUCUAACAGCUGGCGUUAGCUUUUGGCGCUUAGCUUUGAUUCCAAUGAGCCGCCGGGCCAAUGAAUCUGGUGGCAUGAAGGAACCUGGUCCAAAAACAGCGAGCAAGCCUCCCGGGAAACGCAGGAGAACCACAAGGGGCAACGUAACAACGUCGCCCAAAGGCUUAGCGUCCACGACUUGGGAGGCUUUCGGCCAUGACGUGGGGCGGCUUGCCUUGUGUAGUGUGUGACAGACAGAGCCACGGCGCUGAGGUGGAAGAUGAUGGCUCUAUAUUACAGAAGGGCGGGGCAACAGAAUAAACAUCACACAAAAGGGGAGGGCGCUGGUAGUGAACUGGGGGCGCUCAGGCUUGGAGUCGAGUGCUUCGGCUAAGCUCUUCCCCCUCCUUUGCUUCGGUGGUGUGGCGGGGUGGGUCACUUCGUUCCUUACCCAGUGAGGAGUGCCUGGGGAGGUUGUGGCAGGUAGGGAGAUGGGGGGGCGGGGCGGAUGCUUUUCGUUAGGCUGGCGUCGCGUGCGACCUGGGUGCGUAGGUUGGAGAUGCUUUAUGCGUUUGCAUUGGGGGCUGACGCGCUGGGUUUCGUAAUUCUCAUGAUGGUCAUGCCUCGGUUGCUUUCUUUGUUAUCUUUGCCUCAUUCGUUCUAACUUACUAUUUAGAAGGAAAACGCGGACCCAUUCUAGCUAGGAGAAUACAACUCUCAACGCGCAUACAUUUUCCUAUAAGUAAUUCCAACUCGCACUCACUACGACUACACAAACACAGGCAAAGCCGUUCCUCUAACGGCCAGCAGUCUCGGCCAUGCUACUAGUGCGAAGGCUGGCGCCCUUUUGCCAUCUCAUGCGGAAAAUGAUACCCAAAGACGGGGCUCGUCGCGUGCACCGAUGACACGACAGAAGCAGCUAUUGGACGGACUGUUGAAAGCGAAGCUGUUUCGUCCGCACUAUAAAGACCUAGCGACCCAUCUCUUCUCACUGGCAACUUUGACUUUAUGGCAUAUUUUUCACAUUGUGUUGUCGUUGAUGGUCUAUCUAUACCAUGAUUCUGGAUCUGGAACUGGAUCUCUGACUUCGUCAUUCUAAUCUUUUAACAUCAUAAGAAAGUAGCUUUAUUAGUAAUAACUUGUUUGUUGUAGUACAAUUGGCAGUGCCUUGUCGCUGUUUCCGUCAGGCCAAGUAAGCACUUUAACAUGCAGAAGAGAAUGCAUUGAAUUCCUGCAGAUGAGAAUCAAUUUUUUAGAUUCUCAAAGUAUAUUAACACCAUGAUCGCAGCUCUAAUCUGAGACUCUGGCACAGCCGAUAUUGGAUCGAAUACAACCGACAGUAGUCAACAUUAUGCUUAUUUCACAGAAGUCACAGUCUCUCGUCAAAGUCGUCAAGGUUUUCAUCUCGUCCAAUGUUUUGUAGUUUCAAAAUCUAGUGUCGUGUCUGGUGUAUAUUGUCUCUGUCUCGGACCUUCCUCUAAGACCAUGGACUUCAGACAGCGGCAGCAGUAGACGCAUUAACGCUACUAGUAUUCCUGUGGACUGGGAUAAAAGCGCAAAGAUUAGACAGAAAGAUUGGUUGGCGGACAAGGCUAGCCAAAUCCUUCCUGAAAAACGUGGUUUUCCGGUCACUCGUGUAUUUAUGGACUCCACUAUAAUCUUUUCAUUAUAUUUAAGUGUUUACUACCUUCAAGUACCUCUUACGAAUGCGUCCUCCUACUUACGCAUCUAACAAGCGGCCUAGCAGAUCUGGACAAAGCAGAGUUUGGCCAUACUGCCAAAGCCGCUGCAGUCGCGUGUAGAGCGGGAACGGAUGCCAUAGGGAAUUUCGAGGAUUUGAUGCACACAACCACAGGCCAGAGUGGAGGAAGCGGAUUAUUGCGGACUUUUCCUUUGUUAUGACUCAGAGUACUAGGUACAUUGAUUCGUGGCUUCUUCUAUGCUGAUCGUUUACUAUCUAUAAGACCUUGCAGUACAACAACAUCCACAGCAUGAAAAUCUGCUCAUUGAUGGAUCAUAUGAGAGAAACUCUAACCCUGUUUCGAGACGAUAUCGAUGCUUUAGCACCAGUUGGAUCUCCUGGGUUGGCAACGCUUUUGGGAGAAAAGUUUGCGCAGAGUUUGGUGCAGUCAUUUACUUGGAAAAAUAAUGUAGACAAUCAAUCCUUAACCUGAUGAGCGUUGUCAUGGUUGCAGCAACAGUAAGAGUACCUGAAAUAAAUGAGCUAUUUCCACCGUUAGGGUUAGUUAUUGAUGACUAGUUCUUGAAGAAGAUUCUGAUUCAGGCAAUAAUAUGAAAUUGCAUGCUUUUCGUUUUCUUGCGAUUCCUUAUUGGACAGUCAACGUUAUAGAUACCUAGGAGCAAGUUAGUGUUCCUAAUAAUGGCCGAUGAUAGUAUCAUCAAGAAGUUGUAUAAUUAAGUAAAAUGCGUGCAUAAAUGCUGACUGUAAAUAGUAGAUGACGCCUACAGAAAAUAGUAGAAGUACAAAACAAAAUAUAGAUGCUGACUACAGGUGAUCAAUCAUCAUCAC